GUCGGCCAACUCAUUCAUAGACCAUGGUGGCGAUUUAUUUAGUGUCGCUGCUGUUGCAGCAAUCGCUGUGCACUGCACUAUUGCAGCUGCAAAAAACGCGAGCGCCCACGGCUACGCGCAGCGCAUAUACGCACGUAACUCAACUAGCUUCCGCGUGCGCCGCAUGGCGGGCAGCACAUGUCCGAGCAUUAUAUUCUCAUAGUCGUCUGGAUAAAAAUCGACGACGAGUGGAUCCUAAUCUUUUACUGGAUCUGUCUCACUCAUUGGCAUAUUUUUGUCAAGGACGCCGCGGCAAUCGGCCUCAAUUUUUUGCCAGUUUCGGUGUGCACCGUCGGCGAGCGCCACCUCUAUCCCUUGAUCGACAAGGUCACUGGUGUGCGCGUGCCCGACGUCAUCCACAGUGAAGCUGCUGGUGGCGACGCGGCGCCCGCGGUCGUCUGCGGCGGCUUUUGUGACUGGGACCCGUCGGAUUUGCUCGAAGCUCGCCGAAACUUUAAGAAGAUAAUGUGGAAGCCAUGCGCCAUGGGCUCCUUAUUACUCAUGGUGGUCAUUUCCACAUAUGAGCAAAAUUGUUAGCUAUCAGCGUCUAGAAUUACCUCUCUUUCACCACUACACCAUCGAGACGAGAGGUGCCACCGCUGCCGACGGACUGGAUCGUCGCGUUGUCGUCGUGGCGUCUGCCGAGGCCUCGACGAGUGCUGGACGCCCUCGAAGAGCGCGACGCCAUCGACGCGACUUACUACCUUAAUUCACUCGUUUUCCGCGCAGAUCUGCGGCCUCUCGCGGGUGGCGCGACGCAGUUCGCCGCGAGCUCUGCGAAGGCGUCGUGUUACGUGGAGCUGGCCCCAGGCUACGACCGGAACGUCGAGAAAGGCGAGAACGACGGUAAUGUUCGCCGCGAUCUCGCCGACGUUCUGCAACCUCUGCCUCCUGUGCUGGGCCCGUGCGAGCGCAUCCAACGCGCUAUAGAUCAUCAGGCAGGUCUCCACACGCCGGGCGACUCCGUCGAGGCGAAGGUCGUCACCACUGGUCGCGAAAUCAAGUGGAACCGCGACCCCUCGAUCGAGCGUGCGGACGAAGUCAACGCGCUUGUCGCGACGCGCCUGUCGCGGCUCGCCUCCGAGAAGCCCCGAACCAUUAUUUUGGCGGCUCCGGUGCUCAAAUAUGCGGCCGAUACUCAUCUCCUACUCGCUCUCGGCGGCAAGACGAAGUAUGACGACUUCGCCAUUGUCGACGAGAAGCCCAAAUGGGGCAAGCUCGGCCCUGGUGGUGUCCAUCAGGUCGCCGUGAGGACCCGGUCCGUGACUCAGCGUGAUUUCCGAACGUUUCCGAACUUCCAAGUCGCGUCGACGCCGUCUUCAUGAUCACGAGAGAGUCCACGCGUCUCGUGAAUGAAUUGCGUCAGUGCCUCGACGGCGUCGUUCAACACAGGUCGGGCCCGGACUCUGCCCCUACCUAUACUUACACGCUCCACAUGUACCAGAAAAAUAAGCAAUGGAGUCCAUCUACGACGCCCAACAAAGCACUCUCAAUCACUUUUGAUUUACUGGUGAAAUUGCUCGAAUGCGGCCAUUUACCGGAAGGCGAGCCGCCGCGUCCUACUAAGCAAGACGUCUUGGGGAACUCUAGAGGUACGCCGAAGGCGCCUCGAUGGCGCGUCGAAACGUGGCCAUCUCACAAUGAAGUGGGUGGUUUCUUUUUUCGAUUUUACGGCUCCGUGACGCUCUCGACCUAACACACAGGUACUAUUGUAGAAGUCGCCUCUCCCGAGGAAAUAGGACCUGCGGUCCUGAAAGUCGUCAAGGCGUCCAACGCAGUGCGCGAACGCUACGGGUUCCGGGAGCUGACGCCCACGACGCUCGCGCACGAGUACUCGCUCUGCCGCAGCGACAAGCGCGACAAGUCUUCUCUUGCAGUUUUGCAUCUUCUGCAAUUACCAGAAUUAACUGAAUUAGUUCCACUGGGCUAUGGUCAGUCUGAAUUGAAACACCCCAUCUCGUUUGAAGUUGACGAUAUUUAUGUGCCGGCGUCGGUGGUACACGUCACGUACCUUAUGGCACCUAAAUCACACUGCGCUGUCACAUGCUUCAUCGAUUCAACGGUGGUGGAACCGCCCCUUUUCGAACAUUCUGCCGGUCUUAUUGCCCGCAUCAAGCUACAUGAGGACUCGAAGCCGUUUCAUUCCAAAACCAUGGGCGGGGGCAAGCCCUUUAGUAUUACAAUCAAGGAAGAGGGCAAGGCUGAUGUUGUUCUACAAGCCACAGGACUGACUGAUGGUGUUAGGUUAUUGGGAGAGAAGGGCAUUACUGUACAUGAAAAGCGCAUCCGCAAUCGUUUGUCUGGGGCAACUAAGUCAGACCUUGUCAAAGAUGGCAAAACUUGUCAAUUUGCCUAUACCAAAGUUACUCUUCCGAAAAAGGAAGAGCUAGAACAGGACAUGUAUUUAGUGCUACCUUUCAAUAAUGAGAAAAUUUUGGAGGCGUUGGGUAAAGGUUUUGGACUUGCUUGUGCGUUUAGAUAUGCUUUCUUGGAUCUCAAAGCCUUCCGUGCGGACCCGCUGAGAUUCUUCCGCGACAUGGGUGACGACGGUAUUUUGAGUGACGAAGAGAAGUUGAUCGUGGCCCGUGGCAUCGUUACAAAGAAAGAGUUGAAGGACAAGCUGCUCCCGUACCUCACGGGCUACAAGACGCGCAUAGACGCGCAGUGCGACGAGUUCCUGCCGUCGGAGAACUUCAUCAACGCCCACGUCGCGUCGACGCGAUUUCAUGAAGAUGCGGCCGCGCUCUUAAAUAAGGUCGAGGCCGAGAUGAAGUGGUUGUAUGAUGCGGUCGACGCAUACGACGACGCCUACGCGGCGGCGCAGGCCGUCGCUGCGGCGCAGCGCGCGGCCGCCAAGGCUGCCAAGGCGUCGCCGAAGAAGUCGGGCCGCAAGCGCAAGGCUACUGUUCCCAAAAAGACCUUCGUUAAUAGUGAUGAUGCGUCCGACGACGAGGUUAUGCCCGUGGCCCGGCCGCUACCUGAUGACAAUGGUCCUCAAUCCUUCGAGCAGUUCGACCGCGUGGAAGCUUUAUACCGCCCGGAAAACAAGUGGUAUCCGGCGACGGUUUGUUCCCAGAACGACGACGGGACCUAUAAUGUCGAAUACGACGACGGCUAUUUUGAGGACCUUCCCGUGAAUCUGCUGCGUGUAAAGCGCCGCAAGGUCGCCGCGCCGCCGACCGCGACCGCUUAUCAAAUCGGCGACCGCGUCAAGGCGAGAUACAUGGGUGGCAACUGGUUCCCGGGCAAGGUCAAAACGUGCCACAAGGAGGGCACGUACGCUAUCAAGUUCGACGACGGCGACGUGGAUGACCUAGUCCUCCCUUGUGACAUCCGCCGCGCGCCGUGACCAAUUGGAGCGCUACCAGACAUGUUGGAUUACCAGUGUACUGGGCACGCCUUACAAUGACUACAGCGACCGCCACAUUUGACUGAGCCCCAUAGUUGGCGGUAGUACGAGUAAGAAUAUAUAUCACCA